AUGUCCCAGAAGCAGCAAUCAACUGAAUGCAAAACUCUGAGUGCUAUAUGUAUGAUUAAUGAGCCCAUUCAGAUACUGAAUGAAUAUUGUCAGACAGGGGACUUAAUCAUAGGAGCAAUUACAACUCAGUACAACUGCAUUGCCUUUUCUGUAUUUGCUCCACUGAUGAAUGCUCGCAAAUUUCUCCCUUUCUUGUAUAGAAUGAUGCCAAGUGAUGUAGUUCAAUAUUCAGGAAUUGUACAACUUCUUUUGUAUUUCCAGUGGACUUGGAUUGGGAUCAUUGCAACUGAUGAUGAUGAUGGAGAAAAGUUUGUACAGACCUUAACUCCACUGCUCUCUCAGCAUGGCAUCUGCCCAGCCAUCAUUGCAAAUGUACCAACAUUAUCUCAUUAUUUAAACUACUAUGACUUAUUCAUGCACACAUCACCUGAAUCCAUGUUAUUAACUUCAUCUGAAGUUAAUGUGUUUGUGCUACAUGCAAAUCAUAGAACUAUAACAUGUAUUAAAUGGUUGGUGUAUGUAUAUAAUCUUUUGAAAGGCAAUGAAAGUAAACCAGUGAAUAAAAUCUGGAUUAUGACAGCCCAUUGGGAUUUCUCAUCAGACAUAUUGCAGAAAAGUUUUGAUAUGAUGUUCUUCCAUGGUGCCUUAUCUUUUGCAAUUCACUUCAAUGAACUGCUGGGAUUCACCCAUUUUCUGCAGGGAUUAGAUCCUCAUUCAGAUAACAAUGAUCAAUUUAUCCAAGUUUUCUGGCAACAGGCAUUUGACUGCUCACUUUCUAGUCAUAAUGAAAAAGAAUGCACCGGGCAAGAGAAGCUGAGCAAUUUGCCAGGAGUUCUUUUUGAAAUGAGAAUGACUUCCCAGAGCUACCGAAUUUACAAUGCUAUUUAUGUCUUAGCAAAUGCUUUGCAUGACAUCUACAAACCCAGACCACAAAGAAAUACUAUAUUUAAUAGACAUCUUCUGGAUCAGAAACCUUGGCAGAUUCAUCCCUUCUUGAGGAGCAUCACUUUUAAUAAUAGUGCUGGGCAUAUUAUGUCUUUCAAUGAAAAUGGUGAAUUAACAGCAGGAUAUGAUAUUCUAAACUGGGUUGUUUUUCCAAACCAAUCUUUUGUAAGAGUGAGAGUGGGAAAGAUGGAUCCACGGGACAAAGAACUCAUCAUUAAAACAGAUACCAUCACAUGGCAUAGUUCAUUUAACCAGGUACAACCACUUUCUCUCUGCAAUGAGAACUGCCAUCCGGGUUACAGCAGAAUGAAAAAAGAGGGGAAGCCAUUUUGCUGCUUUGAUUGUGUCCCAUGUGCAGAUGGAAAAAUUUCAGAUCUGAUAGACACAGAUGAUUGCUUCCAAUGCCCCGAAGAUCACUAUCCAAACAAAAACAAAGAUCAAUGCCUUCCUAAAACAAUUAACUUCCUCUCGUUCACUGAACCUUUGGGGGUCACAUUAAUCUUUUUGGCUGUCAUGUUAUCUGUAAUCACAGUUUGGGUCUUUUGGAUAUUCACAAUACAUCGGAACACUCCCAUUGUCAAAGCCAACAAUCGGGAUCUAACCUACUAUCUACUUAUAUCCCUCCUGCUGUGUUUCCACUCCUCAUUCUUGUUCAUUGGAAAACCACACAUCCUGACCUGCUAUUUGCGACAAACCACUUUUUCCAUCAUUUUUUCAGUAGCUAUUUCUUGCAUAUUGGCCAAAACUGUCACUGUGGUACUUGCUUUCAUGGCCACAAAGCCAGGAUCCAAACUGAAAAAAUGGAUAGGAAAAAAACUGGCCAUCUUCAUCCUUCUUGGCUGCUCCCUGAUUCAAGUUGGAAUUUGUAUGGUAUGGUUAUUAACAUUUCCUCCUUUCCUAAAUUUUGACUUUCAUGCUCUAGCUGAAGAAAUUGUAGUGGAAUGCAAGGAAGGAUCAGAUAUCAUGUUUUAUUGUGUUCUGGGUUACUUGAGUUUUCUAGCCAUUGUUAGCUUCACUGUGGUAUAUUUUGCUAAGAAAUUGCCUGAUAUUUUCAAUGAAACCAAAUUUAUCACCUUCAGCAUGUUGGUAUUUUGCAGUGUGUGGUUUUCUUUUAUUCCCUCUUACUUGAGCACCAAGGGAAAAUACAUGGUGGCUGUGGAGGUCUUUUCCAUCUUGGCUUCUAGUGCUGGAUUAUUGGGCUGCAUUUUUUUCCCUAAGUGCUAUAUAAUUCUGUUUCAGCCUGUAUUAAACAGCAAGGAUCUGCUCAUUAGAAAAAAAUAG